UGGAAUUAACCACAGUCCUUGGCCAAUCAGAAUCGAGCACAGCUACAUUUGAAUUACGGCGUUCGAUUGCAACGAACUUUUCUCGCAUUUCGUAACGCUGUCAUUUUGUGGUUAAAAUGAUUACCGGAGAUGGUUUUGUGCUGGAAUGCAUGAUUUUUGCAAGUUGAAUAUCGUAGAUAAAAUUUUGCUACUAAUCAGAAUGAUCUGGGAAAUGAUGCUUGUAUUUUAUGUCGCUUCACGAAGCAUCGCAUUCGAUGCUGGCCUGGCGCUGAAAGAGAUUGGCGAAAAAGAAUAUCUCUUAAUAAAAGCUAAAUCAACUUUACCGCAACAUGGAAAAUGCUGGCACGAUGCGCUUAAGGACAUUAAAGCUAGCUGCGACAAUUUAAAUGACAGAGAACAUUCUCUGCUUGCACUACGAUUGACUAAUUGUUUUCUCGAAGACUCUGGUCAUGUCACUUAUGACUGCUUUCUCAACGACGAAGAGGCUGAUCGACGAAAAUGCAUACACAAUAUGUCUGACCGAGCGUUUGGUGCUUACAACGCAUUCUUUACCCAGACGACAAACAUUUGCUACUUUUUGAAUCAAGAGGUGUGGCAAUCUGAAACUGACCAAACCAUAAAGCAGUUGUAUCGCGCCUCGUCACGCAUGAAUCAACAACUGCUCGAAGCUUCAGCAAUGCAAAGCGCCAUGCUGGAGAGUCAAAGAGAAGGAUUAAUGCUGCAAAAUGAACUUCUGCAUCACGGACAACAAUUAGGCACCGUUAUAAAGUCAUCGGCUGAAACUGUUAACAGUAUGGUAUCGGAUUUCAGAGAAAAUGCAAGUGAACAGAGAGAACUCUUGCACCAAAUCUUCUCCCACGUUCAUGUUUUUCAAAAUUGGAUUGUUGGCGAAGUUUCGUGGUUUCAGUCUAUAAUAUUUUACACAGUUGGCUGUAUUUUAUGCGGGUUAUUUACAUCUUCUAAAAGAACUGCUGAUGCCAGGAUUACCGUGUUUGUUGCACUGAGCUUGAAUGUUGUUGUGGAACGAAUGUUAGUACAAUAUUACAACAAGGGGAAUUCAGAUGAUGCCAAGAUUGAACUCUCCCACAUUACGUGGAUAUUUCGCAAGAUUGUUUUAACAUUUUGCAUAGUCACUUUGAUUUUUACUUCCUGUCUGUACAGAGACGAACAAUUGGAAAAUUCCAAAACUCUCAAACGAAUCGAAUAUCAGUUGGAAUCUUUGCAUGAAUUGAAAAAACCUGUUCGCUUUUCAAGAAGGCUGGCGAUACGACGGCAGCAAGAGUCACGAGAAUCGGAAGAACUGAGGUUGGACAGUUCAAGGAGUAGCAGGCAUCUAAAAGAUGGCUGAAUUAUCGGCACAAACGUAUCAAUGAUUCAUUCAUGAAUUUACAAUUCAAAUUUGUACAUAAUUUCAAAGCAACAGGGCUACCCUUCAAGUCGCGACAUGUUUUAUGUUGUAGACUAGCAACUGGAGACAGGAGUAUCUGAUUUAAUGUACCUUGUUUUUAUUGUAUGUUAUAUCACACGUACAGCCUUACAAUUGUGCCUGAUAUGAAAUUAUACAUUUACAUAAAAAGACUGAAAGGCCGGAAUAUAAGAAUUUGUAGACAAUUGGCAAGACUCGGUUUUGAAAAUCGAAAACAAUAAGAAAAUAAUUUAU